AUGGGCCGCAAGAAGAUCCAGAUCAAGCGCAUCGAGGACGACCGCAACCGGCAGGUGACGUUCGCCAAGCGCAAGAACGGCAUCUUCAAGAAGGCCAUGGAGCUGUCCAAGCUCUGCGACUGCGAGAUCGCGCUCAUCGUGUUCGACUCGAACGACAAGCUCUACCAGUACUCGAGCACGAGCGUGGACCAGAUCCUGCUCAAGUACACCGAGUACGGCGAGCCCUUCGAGAUCAAGGACAACAACGACUACGAGAUCAUGUUCGGGGAGAAGAAGAAGCAGUUGCAGCAGGCUGCCAAGGAGGCGGCGGCUGCGGCGGCGGCGGGUGCCAACGCGGAGGCCUCGGCCAACUUCAACAUGGGCUCCACCCCCAACGGCGCGGCCGUGCAGUCGUUCCAGAGCAUGCACGGCGGCAUGAAUGGCGCCUCGCUCGGACUCACCAACGACCCGGACCAGUACAUGCUCAACUCCCGCAGCCGGCCGCCGACCCAGAAGAAGCGCGUGCACCGCGGCUUCCAGCAGCUUCUCAAGAAGGAGCACGUUGGUUACACCCCGCCGUCGCUUCCGCUGUACCAGCACGGGAUGGGGAUGCUUGGAGGACUCUCGAGUCACCACAUGCUCGCUGCUCUUCCCAGUCCGCCCAACCUCUCGGGCAUUCUUCCGUCGCCAACAACCGGCAUGCUCCUGCACGACUUCAGCCCCCAGAACGCAGGCCUCUUCGGCCACCACCCCAUGCUUGGCGGUGGCAUGCCCGGAGACUUCCACGACAGCAAGAACAGCGUCCUCGGUCUCAACCUCGUGCCCUCGGACUUCAGUCACGGCGGUGCCGGCAGUGUGCACCCGCAGCAGCUCCAGCAGGCGAAGGAUCCGUACUAUGUGCCCGGUAAGCAGAACGACUCGCCCGACAAGACCACGGGCAACCAGCCAGGUUCCCCUGGCGAGCCGUCCGGUGACGCUGAUGUCGUCAAGCUCGAAAAGACUUCGGAGAGCGAGAAGGAGCAGCCUCGGCGAGCCGAUGCACCGAACAGCAGCGAUGACGCACAAGCGACAAAGGAGAACGAUACGAUGGCAGACAAGGCCGAGCCCGAGCCGUCCGCACUGUCGCCGAAGCGUGAACCCAAGCAGAUUAGUCAGGAUGACAGAGCCGCCAAACCCACAUCGUCCAAGUCUGACGACGUCCAGGAAGCGUCUCCAACGAAGGCCGCACCCACAUCAGAGUCACGAGCUCCAAGCACCACGUCCGAGUCGCAGUCUUCGAGCAGCGCGGACACCGAGAAGCGUCCGCGCUCCGACGUGCUGGGAGCAGCGUCCACAAGUCCGCACAAGCGCCAGCGUGUGGUCGUUUGA